UGUGUGCUCUAUUUUUUCGUGAUAGAGGACAUUGAAUCACCGAUGACAAGUCGUCUGCCGCCUAUGAAUUCGAAUUAAUGUCUGUACUACGUUGAUUGUCCGACUUAAGUAUGGAAGCUUCUUUUGACCAGAAAAUAAAUGUUGUAUACCUCGACGAAAGUCGCAGAACUCCUGUGCAUUGUGCUGCUCUGGAUGGUAAGCACGAACAGGUGGAAGAAAAAGUACGAGUCGCCUCUGGACUGGAUGACCAAGAUGAACAAGAAAGGACCCCACUGCAUCAUGCGACCGAACACGGACACAGAGAACACUGGACACCACUUAUGAGUGCGGCAGACCUGGGCAAGGAACAGUCGUGCCAAGAUAUACUCACUGUUAAUCCACAGACUGAUGACGUGAACAUGGAUGGAGAAACAGCAUUGCAUAUUGCGUGUAGGAGAGGACAUGUGGGCGUUGUCAACCUGCUAAUGGACCACGGGGCAAGUUUGAAUGUUUGUAACAAAGAUGGUGUAACGUGUUUUGAGGCAGCCGCCAAGGCAGGAAAGAGCGAAGUUGUGUUUGUAAUGAUAAAGCAUAAAAGAUGGAUGGAAAUAAUGGAACACAAGGAUAAGAAGGGCCUUACCCCCAUGAAGCUUCUCAUAAAACACUUCCCAGAGAGUGCACAGCUGGUCAUGGAUUACUGCAUUGAUCGAUCAGAGAUAGAAAGUUCCAGUGAUCCAAAUUUUACCAUUACUUGCAACCUCCGUUUCCUAGACCCCGGACCUACUAACACUAUUUGCCAGAGAGGAAGCCAUUUCUUUGGACCGAGCACCAUGGUGAAACACGAACGUAAAGAAUUACUCGAUCAUCCUUUGACACAGGUCUUGCUGAAUAAGAAGUGGUCUUCUUUCGGGCGCUUGGUGUUCUACUUUAACUUUAUGUUCUAUUUUGUCUUUGUUGUCAUGUUUACAGCUUUCUUAAUCCGUUUCAUGCAGAACGGUGAUACAGGAUUGGGAGAUUCUUUUAUGUAUCCAAUAGUAUUUUUACUUUUUGGCGUCCGAUUCAUUAAGGAAGUUAUUGCAAUAGUUGUCCAGAGGCUUCAUUAUUUCACCACUUUAAGUAAUCUCACUGAAUGGAUACUCUACAGUACGACGGGUUUCUUCAUGUUUUCACUUUUCGCUUUCGAUUUGACAAUUCCGUUUGACGACCCUGAGAAGCGUCAUAAUCGUUAUCCACAACUCAUCUGGGUGUUGGGUGCCAUUUCGAUUUUCCUUUGCUAUGCGAACCUAGUCUUGGUUCUUUGUCGGUUGAGUCUGGUUGGAAUCUAUGUCACCAUGUUUAUAGAGGUCACUAAGUCGGUUCUAAAAGUACUUCUAAUCUUCUUUGUCUUUUUCUUUGGGUUCUCCAUGGUGUUCUACAUCCUCUUUAAAUCAGAGGAGGUGGUAUUUAAACAACCGGGAUUUUCUUUACUGAAGGUGGUAGUGAUGACAAUUGGAGAGGUUGACUUUGAAGACAGAUUCAUGCAUUCCCAGAAUAUCACAAACAAGCCGACAUCUUCUCAGACAGCUUCUUUCGUUUUCCUCGGCUUGUUCUUGAUUUUAAUGACAAUUGUACUGAUGAACCUGCUGGUGGGUCUUGCCGUGGGUGAUAUCGACGCAAUUCGCCGCAAUGCUGCGUUUAAAAGGAUGGCUAUGCAGGUCAUGUAUAUCGUUAGGGUCGAAAACAGCUUCCCGAGGUGCAUCUCGCGGCGUUUUCGCCAUCCAGAAGUAAGUUUGCGGCCAAAUCGUCGAACUCUGAGGAAAAGGUUGAUGCUUCUUCUUGGAAUGAAGACAUCUUCGGGCUUGGACUUUACUCCUCGCGCCAAAGAAGAACCGUCCCCCGGUGUAGUUUUGGAUUAUACUGAGAUUAAGAAAAAGCUUGACCUUACUGAGAAACGCGUCGAAACGUUGGUUGAUACGAUGGAGGCGCAAAACGCUCUGCUCAGAGAAUUAGUAAAAAAGAUUGAUCCUGGGACCAAGAUGAACGAGAAGAGCAUGGAAAUGGAAGGAUCGACUGUGGAACACGAGCAUGGGAGUACAUCAGCUUCAGGAGAGAAGUGGAUCCUUGACGACCAGCAGCCACAUGCGAUUAAAACACAACCACACUUGUAUAAUUGUGGAAAGAUUACUAACGUUUAGUUAUAUUGAGCAGUGAAAUACUAUCCUAUACUUGUACCAGUGUCAGGUGUGAACACAGCGUUUUCAAUCACGCGGAGAGCGGCUAUGCAGAUGUAUAGAAAGAAAGAAAGAAAUAUC